AUGGAGCGCUCACAGUCUGAUACCUUGCCUCUGGCGAAUUCUGUUCAAAUUCCUCAGCUUGGAUUUGGGGUGUAUCUAUCGCCACCCCAAGUUUGCACCAAGUCAUGCCUCACUGCACUUGAAGCUGGAUACCGACACAUCGAUACGGCGCAAUACUACGCCAAUGAGACAGAGGUUGGGCAGGCAGUUCAAAAGUCAAACGUUGAUCGGAAAGAUGUUUUCUUGACUACAAAGAUUCUCGAGGCCGCUGGUAGUGUUGACAAGAGCUACGCAAGAUGCAUUGAGAGCAUCAAGAAGCUUGAUCCCGAGAGCGGUUAUGUCGACCUUUUUCUCAUCCAUAGCCCCAAUAGCGGUGCUGCAAAGAGAAAGGAGAUGUGGCAAGCCCUAGAGAGGCUGUAUGAGGACGGCAAAGCGAAGGGUAUUGGCGUGAGCAACUUUGGUAUUAAGCAUAUUGAAGAGCUGAAGCAAUUCGCCAAAGUUUGGCCUCCUCACGUCAAUCAGAUCGAGUUGCAUCCUUGGUUACAACAGAGAGAAGCCGUGGAAUACUGCGAAACGAACAACAUCGUAGUAGAAGCUUACGCUCCUCUCGUUCGCAACCAAAAAGCCAAUGACAAAACUCUCAAAAGCAUCGCUUCAAAGCACAAAGUCACGCAGAAUCAAGUGUUAAUCCGAUACUGUCUUCAAAAGAACUGGGUUCCCCUUCCAAAGAGCGAUACACCCGAGCGUAUCAAAGCCAACGCCGAUGUUUUCGGGUUUGAUCUUGACGACAGGGAUAUGAAGGCGCUGGAUGAUCUGGACGAGGGCGCUGCGGGUGCAAUUGUGCAAGCGAGUCACAAUCAAAUCUGCAACACGACAAAAAUGGCAGACAACGCAACCAGGCACAACGCCUAUGCAACCCUCAUCACCCGCGACUCCUACCUCCCCGGUGUGAUAAUCCUCGCCUACACCCUCAAGCGCAACUCCUCAAUCUACCCUCUCGUCGUGCUCUACACCCCCAACCUCCCCAAAGAUGCCAAACGCCUUCUUGAGCUUGAGGCGCCAAAAUGUAACAUGAUUCUGCGUGAGUGCCAGCAUCUUCUUCCGCCGGAGGGUGUCAAGAUGACGCUUAUCGCGGAACGCUUCGCGGAUACCUGGACGAAACUUCGUGUUUUUGAGUUGUUUGAGUAUGACGCUGUGUGCUACCUUGACGCUGAUAUGGCGGUGCUGGAUAACAUGGAUGUUGUAUUCCAGGUUGAGACGCAUCUUCCUGAUGAUUGGAUUGCGGCGAAUCAUGUUUGUGUUUGUAAUCUUGAUUCAGAUUCUUGGGCGCCUGAGGAUUGGAGGGCGGAGAAUUGUGCUUACACGCCGCUUGAGCAUCCCACUGCGCUUAUGGAGCCUUUACAGCCUACUGAGACGUCACCUUCACCGCACAAGCUUCUCAAUGGUGGCAUGUUUAUCUUUCAUCCUUCUGAGGGACUUUGGGAUAGGAUGUUGGAUGUGUUCAACACGACGCCGCUGCUUUCAACGUUCAUGUUUCCAGAUCAGGACUUUUUGGCGUUCUUCUUUGUGAAUAAGUGGUAUGCACUUGGAUGGCAGUAUAAUGCUAUCAAGACGAUGCGAUACUGGCACCCGAACAUCUGGCGUGAUGAGGAAGUCAUCUGUCUACACUACAUCGUCGACAAACCGUGGGCAAAGCGUGUUGGGCUGGAUGGAGUAGCUGGGUACAAGGGCCUUGACGGGGUUACACAUUGCUGGUGGUGGCAGCUGUAUCAGUAUUGGGAGGAUGAGAGGACUUCUGAUGGGCGUGGAGGAAAUGAGGCGAUCGCUUUGCUGAAGAAGCUGAUCGCGCCGGCGGACACGAUGGAGGGAGGACUCGGAUAUCUCCAGGUGGGUUUGCCUGUGAGAGCUUGA